AUGCGUCUCAUAGACCUGGCUCGAGGGGCAGUAUCUCGAAGGAGCACGCCAACGUCACUCGAUCUCGCAGGCUUUUGUGAGAACAGAACGACGUCCGCCAGCUCUCAGUUGACCCUGUCCGCACCCCUCGCAGAUGACCUCAAAGCCGCCAAGCCCGCCGCAAGGGGUCAGCCAGCUCUUUGGCUCAUCGUUGAUAUGAAAGACGAUGGACUCUUCCGAGUUGUCCCAAUCUCCUGUCACUGUGCACUUUGGGAACGUAUCAGCAUGUGGGCCAUUUCAUGCGCAGCAUUGCGGUGGGCGUUAUGCAGACGAACUCACAGUACUCUCUUUUCGCUUCCCCUGGCCCUCGGCAGCCUUCACUUUGAACUUGUACUGCUGCAUGCCGAUCAAUUUUCCGUUGGGCUCGAUCGGGAUAGAGAUGACGUUGCUGUCAGGCUUGCUGAGGUCGGAAGUGACGAGGUUCUUGGCUUCACCGUCGUAGCGGAUCUCGACAGUGCGGGCGGCGGCCUGGGUGAUGCUGAGGACGGCAGCAAGGCCAAAGAUGACGCGGGCAGAGAACGUGCUGGGUCGCUGUCGUUCUUUGGGUGUAUGAGUCAGGUCUUGUGA